AUGGCGUGUUCAAAAAUUUCUCCAGGAGAUAUACCUGAAAUAACAAGUAAAAUCAUACAAUAUUUACAGAAUGAUUAUUUAGCACUACAUUCAUGUAUUUUUGUCAAUAGAUUAUGGUGUCGUAUAGCAAUUCCAUUAUUAUGGGAAGACCCGUUUUCAAAAAAAGUGAAUCUUCCUAAAAACCAUAAUAUUUUCGAAAUUUCCUUACACAAAUUAAAUGAAAAUGAUAAAGCACAAUUAAACACAUAUGGAAUUAAUAAUGAAUCGUUCUCUUUGAAUACAUUAUUUAAUUAUCCUAGUUUUAUUAAAUGUUUAAAUACAUUUUCAUUUGUUUAUUCUAUUAAAAAAUGGAUUGGAACUUUAUCUAUUAGCAAUCAAUCUACACAAUUUUCGAAUUUAUUAAACUUUACUCCUUUGCUAUUAUUUAAAAUAUUUAUUCAAAAUAAAGUUAACUUACAUACCUUUGAAGUUGAGAUUUCCAGUACUAUAAAGAUUACAAAUAGUGAAUGUUUAAAUUCUAUUAUCAGAUUAAUCCUAAGAAAUCCAACCUUUAUUUAUAAUAUUAAAAAUUUUAAGUUUCAUCUUAAUAAUGCAAUUUUUAAUAUUGACCUUUUAAACUACUUAUAUUCUCAUUGUAAUUCAAUUUCAACACUUCAUUGUCAAAAAAAUAUUCAUCAUAAAACUUUUAUAACUGAAAAAUAUCUGACAAAAAUUAUUAAUCCACAACAAAAUCUUAAAAGAAUUUUGUUUGAGGAGAGAGCAUAUCCUUUAACCAUCUUAAUGAAUUCUAAUUGUGCAAAUACUUUAAAAUCCAUUGUAUUCUACAAAAUUAAUUUUUUAGAUAUCCAUUAUUUAAAAGAAGUAUUUGAGCAAUUAAAUGUUUUAGAUUCUAUUCAUUUCAUUUAUUGUUCUUUUUUAUAUUCCAUAAUUUCUCAAAUUGAUAGUUUAACCAAACCAUUUAAGUUAAGAUCUUUGUUUGUUAAUGAAAUGCACACAAUUGAUUCUUUAAAAUUAUUGUUAGAAAAAUCUGGUGAUUAUUUAGAAAAUAUUGGAAUUAAAUCAAUAACUUAUAAAUUACAACAUCAAUUUAUUGAAUUUAUUAAAAUUUAUUGUACAAAAAUUAAAUAUUUUGAAUUACUUGAAUUUGAUAAUCAAAAUGUCCAUCCAGCAUUUGAUUUGAUUAAAAAUGUUAAUCAAAAUCUUAGUUAUAUUUCUAUUGAUUUUUGUCAAUUUAAUUAUUCUCAAUUAACUUAUGAUAUUGAACUUAGUUCAAUUAUAUUACAAAAAUUAGGACAAAUUCUUCCUCAUAGAUUAGAAUAUUUAAAUUUGGCUCUUAAGUUUGAAAUAAAUAAUAUAGAAAUAUUUUUUAAAAAUUCUCAAAAUACUUUUAUUAGAAAAUUGUUAAUUAAAAAUAAGAUUUAUGGUGAAAGUCAAGAUAUUUUACCUUGUAUUAAAGAAUAUAUUAUGAAAGAAAAAAGGGUUAGAUAUUUAGCUAUAGAAGAUGUUUUCUCUAAUGGAAUAAGGAAAAAUCUGUUUACUUUGAAAAAUGAAGUAAAGGAGUUUCAAUUACAUAAUAUUGAAGUUUAUAAUUAUAACGAUUUAUUUAUUAAGAAUUAUGAUUAUAUAAAGGAAAUGGAUUAUUAA